CAUUGACCCACAUACCGAGUUCAAUCGCCACUCCCUACUAACAUGUGGUACGAACUAGAUCCAUGACCUCACAUUGCUGAUAGCAAUCAAGCUUCCUUGUCAACUUAGUAGUGAGUGUGAAAACAGGGGAGAGAAACCAAUACACCCCAGCCAGUUGUAUUUGCCGCCCCUGCUUUUGUUUCCUCUGCCGCUCGUUGCCUGAUUCCACCUCCGAAACAGAGUAUGACAACCCAAAUCGAAUUGCUUGGCUCUGAUUUCGAUCGGAAAGCUGCUCUGCAGUCCUUUGACGACUCAAGAUCCGGCGUAAAGGGCCUCGUAGAGGCCGGCGUCACGAAAAUCCCGUCGAUAUUCCUCCACUCACAACACAACGCAGUGUCCACCAAGUCAACCACAGGGGAGACUUCCCCAGUCAUCCCGACCGUUGACUUGCAAGGCAUCGACGUUGACCCAGAUCUACGCCGCCAGGUGAUCUGGCAGGUAAGAGACGCCUGCCGGAGAUGUGGGUUCUUCCAGGUGAUCAAUCACGGGAUACCCUCUCUGCUUCUUGAUAAGAUAAUUCAAGGAGUGAAGGAUUUCCACGAACAAGAUACUGAAGUGAGGAAAUGGUUCUACACCAGGGACUUCGCCAACAAAACGGUGACGUACAACUGCAAUUUCGAUUUCUAUCAGUCGCCGGCGGCCAACUGGAGGGAUACCAUCAGUUGCGUCACUGCCCCUCGCCCACCAAACCCUCAAGAACUCCCUCCAGUGUGCGGGGAGAUAAUGGUUGAUUACUCUAACCAAGUGAUGGGAUUGGCAAGGAAGCUGUUUGAAUUGGUUUCUGCAGCAUUGGGAUUGAGCCCAGAUUACCUUAACAACAUAGGUUGCUCAGAAGGGCUGAUGCUUCUGGGUCAUUACUACCCAGCUUGUCCUGAACCAGACUUGACAAUGGGAACCAGCAGUCAUACAGACAGCAGCUUUCUUACUGUGCUUCUGCAAGACCAAAUGGGAGGUCUCCAGGUCCUUUGUGAUGAUCAGUGGGUUGAUGUAAAGCCCACAACAGAUGCUCUUGUUAUCAACCUGGGAGACAUGUUGCAGUUGAUCUCUAAUGACGAAUUCAAAAGCUCCCAACACAGAGUACUUGCUAAAUCAAUAGGCCCCAGGGUUUCAGUGGCUUGUUUCUUCAGACAGCAGCUGCAUCCUGAGAACUCCCGAGUUUAUGGCCCGAUUAAGGAGCUUAUAUCGGACGGGAAUCCCCCGGUUUUCAGGGAAACCACCGUGAAGGAGUUUGUUGACCAUUACUAUGCAAAAGGGCUUAAUGGGAUCUCUGCCGUGGAGCAUUUUAGGGUCUGAAUUCUUGAAACCUGGCAGAGAACAAUCAUUUGAUACGAGAAUAAAUUUGCUAUCUUUCUAGAGCUGAAUGUUUGGAUAGAAAUGAAGCCUGCUUUGUGCGUAAAUUGUUUAGCUUUCCACUUUCUUUUUCUAUGAUCUCUGAUUCUCUAUGAUGCUAAUGGCCAAGUAAACUUUCUAUAUCGUUUGAUAAAUCCUGUAUUCUCAGCUUGCAAUCUGUACAACUGAAGAAUGAAUUACAAGAAUCAUUAAGGGAGUUCUUUGACAAAUAGAGUCUGUCCCAAGUGAUUCUGAGAUUAGGCAGUUGAUAACAAUUCAUCUUUUACCUUAAUUCAUGGAGCGAGAUAUCAAUUCAUCUCAACACAGUCUUGAUGGAGCGAUUUUGAGUCUAACUUUGAAUCCUGAUAUCCAAAUUCCGAGCUCUGUAACGUGGAAUUCUCGUCAUCUUCCCCGCUGCCUAUGAAGCGCAUGUCAUUAUUGGCAAAGAGGUAGGCAAUUUUGAUCCUUCUUUCUCUGGAUAAGGAAAAAACCCUUAUAAGGAUAGAUGACUCAGCUACCAUUCAGGCACCACUCAGACAAUAACAGACAAAUUCUGCAACUUUUUGUCUCAGUAGAUCUGGCAACUAAAGAUAAAGUUUUUUGUCUUUUUAAGUGGACGAUUCCUCAGUUCAAUGCAUUGCAUUUGUCGCCUUAUAUCUUGUUAAAUGUCAUCCACGUCAAUAGUGGUACCAGUAAACAAAAUUCCACUGCACUUUGCCAGCCAUCAGCUGCAUAAUCAUGACUGGAAUCUCAACGGCUCACAAAAUACUAGUCUCAGCUCUUCAAUGCAUAAGCUUCCACAUGCGGCUUACAUUUUCUGUAUCCACUUCACCCCUGAGCUUGACUAAGGAAAAGGGGGGGAAAGAACCAGGAUGGUGAGCACCAAUUCAGCAAAAUCGGAGAGGCAGGCCGAACUGCAGGCUUUCGACGAUACAAAAUUGGGCGUAAAAGGCCUCGUUGAUGCUGGAAUCGCUGAGCUGCCUACGAUAUUCAAGCAUGAUCCUUCCACGAUCAAUGCAGAUCCAGUUUCAGAGUCUGCCAAAUUCACCAUACCAGUCAUAGACUUGGGAGGCCUGAAGGAUGCUGAUCCACAUUCACGAACUGCCGCAGUUGAUAAGAUCCACUUUGCCUGCUCGGAAUGGGGGUUCUUUCAGGUGAUCAAUCAUGGCAUCCCGGAGUCGCUCCUGCAGAGAGCAAUUAAUGGAGUUAGAAAGUUUCACGAGCAGGAUAGUGAGGUCAAGAAAGAAUUCUACAGUAGGGAUGAGGCAAGAAAGGUCAUGUAUAACACCAACUUCGAUCUGUACCAAGCUUCAGCGGCUAAUUGGAGGGACAGUUUGUACUGCCUUAUGGCUCCUGUGCCUCCACAUCCUGAAGAUUUGCCGUCCAUUUGUAGAGAUGUAAUAAUCGACUAUUCAAGAGAAAUGAAGCAAUUGGGGCUAACCAUUUUCGAGUUGAUCUCCGAAGCUCUGGGACUAGAAUCCAAUCAUCUCAGAGACAUGGGCUGCGCCGAUGGACUUUAUCUGAUAGGCCAUUACUACCCACAAUGUCCCGAACCAGACUCGACACUGGGAGUCAGCAAGCACACGGACAGCGCCUUUCUCACAAUAGUCCUCCAGGAUCAAAUCGGCGGGCUGCAGGUCCUUCACCAAGGCCAAUGGGUCGACAUCAAUCCCAUCCCUGGAUCCCUAGUCGUCAACUUGGGAGACAUGUCUCAAGCAAGUUCCAUACACAAAAAAGAUUCAAACUUUAUGCCACCAAUCUAAUCCUGAAGCUAUUUCUAAUCGAGGGUUUCUGCUUUUUUUCCUUACAGCUGAUCACGAACGACAAGUUCAAAAGCGUGUACCAUAGAGUGGUGUCGAAGAGCGUCGGACCGAGAAUUUCAAUCCCUUGCUUCUUCAGAACGCACCAUCAAUACGAAGGUAGCGAGAGGGUGUAUGAGCCGAUCAAGGAAAUAUUGUCGGAAGAGGAGCCGGCGAGGUAUAGGGCGACGACGAUGCGAGAGUAUGUGACCUGCGUCUACUCCAUUGGGCUUGACGGCAAGGAUAAAUUGAGGCAUUUCAGGCUGUAACUGUGAGCCGAAAUCGUAAUGGACGUUUGCGGCUCAAUAAGUAUUGGGCUUUUGUUUCUUGCGUUAAACAUGGUUAAGGUCGUCGGCUUGACUCUUGAGUAGGAAGGGUAAUGGGCAGGUCCGGGGCGGGUUUCUUGGUAUCCAUACUCGCCCCGUGGCAGGUCGGGUCUAGAUCGGGUAAUUGAUUACGGGUCACGGGUCGGGGCAGGUCGACCCAAUGUGUAUGCAAUUUAUAUGAAAACAUUAGAAAUAUUCGUUAUUUUUAUUAUUAGACUAAGAAAACAAACAAUUUAUGACAAUUGUAGUUAAAUUAUUGGAGAAAUUGAGGUUUUUACUAAUUUAC